AUGGAGAGCGAGCCACCAUUUGUCGAUGAGGGACGGCCGUCCAGGAGGGGACGCUUCAUGGACAAGCUAUUUGGCAAGGACAAGAAAUCGCCAGACAAUUCUGCCGCCGCCCUGGACGCCUUCCUACACAGCUCUGUUGAUAAUCUCGACGUCACCCAUCCGCCCCCCCCGUCGCCGUCGUCAUUGCCCAAGCUUGCCAAACUCGACACCACCAUAUCACGAUAUCCGCAGGCCUUGGCCGUCAAUCAACAGGCUCAGCAGAACCGUCCCAUGGCCCCAGGGAAAUUGGAGUCGAGAUCGCCCAAGAAAAGUCCCCGGCCGAAUAAGAAGGGUAUGUCGGUACGUUUUGCCGAUUCGUACCCCGAUAUAAUUGGUGAGGGUGGCGAUGAGUCCGAUGUACCAACCAUUGAGAUUGGGAGGAGUAGAAGGGCAAGACCGCCACAGCCGCCUGUUCAUCGAUCUCCAAGACUCGGCUCGGCGGCUCCAGCGGGAGCCCCCCUGGGACCGCCAACAGGGCUGGCGGGUUUCCCUGGAGCAGUGAGCGACGAUUUCCAGUCCAAACCUUUACAAAGGACUCAGACAGGAUACUCAUCCACCUAUAAACCAGAAAAGGACGAGCGAAAAACCUCACUUAUGCCGCCCGGUGCCAAUGACCGAGGGGCCGGCAACACCUUGGUGCCUGGAAGGGCUGCGUCGGCCAGGUAUCUGGAAGCGUCCGGGAGGCGCGCCGAUCAGAGGAGAUCUUUCAUCGAAAUACACCAAGCCCAGAUGCGUGAGGCGGAGGGCAAGGCGUUCGCACUUGCAGCUAGGACAGCGAGUUCAGCGUCUCAAGAUGAUUGGGAGGACGUCACUCGGCUUCCGCCAUCUGACCCCCCCGACUCAUCCCGCCAGUAUCCAUCAUCACCCGAAAUACAGAUGAAGAAGCCUGCCUUGGAUUACAGUCCAGCCGGCUCGAUAGGUUCCAACGCUUCCAGCAUAUACCAACAGUCGAACCCGUCCCAAACAAGCCUCCCAGUCCGACAACCUAGCGCAGCGUCACAAAACGGGCCUUUUCCUGGACCAUCACCUGGCCCGGCGCUUGGCCAUCCGCCGCCAAUGGCCGCGAGAUCAGCGUCUAUUAGGCUACAGGAUACGGUUGACUCAGCCGGAGAAGAUGCUCUAAACGCUUUUGUUCUGGGCACAAAGCACCUGUUUGAGCUAUUCCGGUUACAUGCCGAAUCGGUGCAACCACUCUCAACAUGUACGCCUAAAGAUUGCGCACGUGCAGCCCUUUGGUGGUUCUUGAAGGGCAGGAUGGGCCUAGAAUCGGCCGUCCGAGAGCGCCCAAAUACUCCACAGUCCCAGAUGCAGAAUGAGCUAGACAGGCAACAAGCCUAUUCAAACCUCGCCAAGGGCUACUGGCUUUGUCGGAAGGCUAUACCCGAAAUUAUGGAUGGACAUGGGCUUGCUCAAGAUGCGGAGCUUACUGCGGUGUCCCAAGGUCUUGUCUCAGCGCUGAGGAAGCUAUCUCAGUCCAUGAAGCGAAACGGCUUCCUGCCCCCCGAGGAGCCGUUUCUGCCUCAGACCAUUGACAAGUCAAUAUGGCUCGACUACCCUUGCCUCAGCCAAGAUCUAAAUGCCCUUUUGUCCGGAAACUGGUCAGCUGGCUUGACUGCGAUGCAACAGCCGAUGUCUACCUUGCAACUUCUCGAAGCAUUUCCUCUGAGUGACACCGUCGAACACUUCAGCUACGGUCGUGUCAUGGCAGAUGUAUUCCUCAUGGAGCAAGGGCGAGAAUCUCAAAGAAUUUUCUUGCCGUGCAUUCUUUCCAUGGUCCGACCCCAAAAAAGUGCAGGGCUCAUGUUCAUCAUUGCGAGCCAAAAUGGAUGUGUGCAGCUAGCCAUCCAGGAAAACAAGAACAUUGGACCAGUCUGGGAAGACCUUCGAUGGCAGAAUAAUAGCUGCGCUGUAGAAGUUCGAAUGCCGCGAGGCUUCUUGUUGGUUGUACAGUUAAGUCAGAACGACUACAGAACCCUUUGGAACAUGUACGAUUUUGGAUCAAAACUGCAGGCCUCCCUGCGCCCCCGAAGCGACGAGAUUGUUGUUUUCCGAAACAGCCUGCGGUCAUUCCAAUACCUCGAUGCAGACCCUCAAUCACGCGUUUUCCCUAAAGAAGCCGUUCCGCAGUGCGACUUGGCAUUGUUCGAAAGGAUAUACAAGGAGAGCGGCCCAGCCGGCCCGCGAAGUUGGCAUUGCGGAUUUCGAAUUGCAGUUGUUGUGGGGCCCCGCACCAGAACCAUCAGCGGGAUACAGCAUAACUUUCCCCCACAGCUACCCGUUCAAUUUGGGUUUUUUAGAGCCGAAGGCGACACUCCAGCAUUAUCAGUCAGGUCUGUUAAUGGGCGGCAAAACGGGCGAAUGGUGUUUGUGUUUGGCGAUGAAAAGGAAAGAGUCAGGUUCCACUCGCUUCUGACAGGCACGGCGCUAAGUCACGGCGAGAGGGUCGUUGCUGACGCGCCUCUCAAAAGCUUCAUAAUAUCGCAAAGUCUACGCGAACCGACUGGUAUCGCACCUUUUAGUCGCAUGCCUUGGAAGGCCGCCAGAGUGGUCAACGACGAGUUCAGCUCGAAUGGGGACCUGCCACCUACCGUUCUGGCUGACAAACUCAAAAUUGUCCUGGAGUACCAGAAUGGCAUGGUUGCAGACAGAGUGAACGUCGCCCCCGGCGAGCUGCGGAUGCGGCUUGAGGUUUCAAACGCAAAAAUAUUGCGUGUUCUCCGGCAACCACAGCAGGAUGUCACGAUGUCCGUCUCGGAGGCGCAGGUGUCACGGGAACUCCCUUCAAACCUGGCAGAUUCUCUGCAACUUCUUAAAGCAAACCAAACUAUCCGCUCAUAUGAGUUCAAUAACUUGAAGGAUCUUCACGAUUUCCAAGCUGCACUGACCGGAUUCGAAGUCAUAUUUGACGCUCUUGCAGCGACGUUUGCCAUCUCGCGAAGACGCAUGGUCGUUCCCAUUCACAAAAAGUGGGAGGCUGGGUGUACAAGAAUCCAAGUGGUCAAAUUAGAAGAUAGGCAACUUCAGUUGCUGGCCUUCUUUGAGGACUUCCAGCAUGGGCACUGCAUGAACUUUGUGCUCAAGGGCACGGAUGUUUACGAAACGUUUCAGAGAGGAAGCAAGGCAGGGCUCAAGUUUGUGGAUGCCAAGUUCCCAUUGCCACAGAUACCCGCGGACAAGGAUUCGGAUCACGAUGACAUGGCUUUUAUAUGUCUCGAUCUACCAGAUCUCCCAGGUGAACAUGAUGAUAUUUCUAUCAUGUUCGAGAAUGAAACAGGUGAGGACGCAUCAUUUGAGACGUACACAUUAUGGCAUCGGCUUGGGCGCUGA